AAAGAAAUGGCGUCGGUUGAGCUUGAGAAGGUUUUGAUCGACAAUGUAGUUUACGAAGACGGGGAGGGGAAGGAGGAUGGGGGUGUCAAGGACAUCAAAGACAGCAGAGCUGCCUGGAUAACCUGUGUCUGUGCUGUGUUCGACCAAUUGUUUAUCAAUGGCUUGAUAAACGUUUAUGGUGUGUUUUAUGUCGAGUUUUUAAAGGAAUUCGGAACCAGCAAAGCCAAAGCAGCCUGGCUGGGUUCCCUGACGUACGGAAUUAUGAAGUUGUUUGCGCCAGUCGUCAGUGUCCUUGUGCGCCGAUACACAAACCGGAUGUCCAUGAUAACCGGAUGUGCCUUCUGCGCCGUCUCUGUACUUUCCACUUCCUUUGUGACUAACAUCGACGUAAUGUUUGUAACCUUUCCCUUACUGUAUGGCAUUGGAUUCAGCCUCGUCAUCAACCCAGCCAUGGUAGUUGCGAACGGCUACUUCGACAAACACAUAGGUCUCGCUACUGGUUUGGUUUGUGCCGGCAGUAGCCUGGGGUCCAUCACUCUAGCGCCGGUAUGCCAGCGCCUGGUGGACACAGUGGGCUGGAGAAUGACCUUCAGAUAUCUGACUGGGGCCUACAUCGCCCUCUGCUUCCUCAAUCUCCUCAUCAAGCCCCUCCCCCGGGGGUCGCAGCGUCCAAUAGACAACAUAAGUCAGCCUGUUAUUCGGGGACUUAUUGAAGAUCUUAAGCUGUGGAAAAAUCGCGUGUUCCUGUUGUGGGCGGUGGCAACGGCGUUUGUAAUGUUUGGGUACUUCAUACCAAACGUGCAUCUAGUAUCUUAUGCCAUGGAUCAGGGUAUAUCCGCAGAUACUGCUGCCUAUCUCCUCAUGGGGCUAGGGUGCGCCACCACCAUCGGUCGUAUACUGUCUGGAAAGAUUGUCCAAUAUGGCUUCCUAAACCGCCUCCACCUCCACCAACUUACAAUGAUCAUUACGGGCACGGCUUUCAUGAUUCUCCCUUGUAUUGAAUCUUUCGCUGGCCUCCUGGCCUACUCCAUUGUCCUGGGCCUCGUGGACGGGUGUUACGUUGUGCUGCUGCCUAUCCUGACGAGUUCCCUGAUUGGAGCUGACAAAGCUGUCCUAGCAUGGUGCUUCAUGUCCUGUGUCUGCUCCUUGACAUUUUCAUUGGGACCUCCAGUGUCAGGUUUCCUCUACGACACGACCGGCAACUACAACGUCGCCUUUCACAUCGCCGGCAUCCCAGUAAUCCUUGGCGCUGUGAUCCUGUUCUUUGUACCCUGGGCCCAGCGCACCUCCACCACGACCAAUUUGAUGCGGGUCAUCAGCAUGGAGGCUGAGGACCAUCCCAAGGCAUCGGCCGGAAGUUCACCUUCAGGAUCUUCUGAUGAGACUCUGCAUCUCUCUAUCCCAGAGACCGGAACUCUGCCCUAUGCUGGCAUGCCGUGCUUCAUAGAUCCUUACUUUGGUUCUUCCAAACAGGAUAGUAGCUUAGCAGAGAACUUCGGUAGGAAACAAGAUGAGACGAAGAAACAUGUAGCCGGCGUUCAGCCUACAGGUGGAUCUGUUCCUGAUGACUGCACAUUUGAGUUUGGUCACGAUACCCACGAAGAGCAGGCCAACCCAAUGCCACACAACUCCGCACCGACGUUUGAUGCAAUAGGAAACAUAGGGUCAUCACAGUUUAUUUCAAUACCGAGACGGGGCUAUUCCUUCAUUGAUGGCUACUUGGAGGAAUUGCGCAAGGCAGUGUACCGUACCCGAACACUUCAGUGUUCCUCUGGUCUGGUCCCAACACCGUCCCCUGAAGCUGGCAACACCGAGACACCACCAGCUGCUGCUCAUCUGAGCUCAGUCUCUUCACUUCCCGCCUCAUCAAUGACCAGCUCCGUGGAUCGACUCCUUCAGGAGCAUAUAGACAUGUUCCUCGCCAGCAUCGCCUCCAGGCGCGUAUCAGACAUGUCCAUAUCUUCAGGGCCAAGUAGAUCAGCCUCCAGGUCAUUCAAGGGCAGUGAAGAACCCUCCAAAUCUUGUACCAGAACGCCAAGCAACAGGUCAACCCAGAGCCGUACAACUCCAAACUGUGCUAUGGCUUUAGCCGGAGCUCAAAAUGAGCCUCGGAGUAGGUCUGUAUGUUCAAGAGGCUCUUUGAACAGGACUGUAGAUUUAAGCUUGAGUGGCACCCAUUCAAGUGGCUUCGUGCCUUCAGCUGUUCUGGCAACUGCCGGGGCAAACCAACAGAUGCCCGUGGAGUCUCACAGUCGGACGUCCGACGCGUCGGGAGAUGGGACUCAGAGCUCCAGUCUAAGCAGGCUUCGGAAAACAUCCAGCACUAGCACUGGAACAGGAUUUGUGGAACUGGACGUUUUCAGUCAUCUUUUCAAAGAUGAAGAAAGUUAAUGUUAUUCUGAUAACGUAUAUCUGCUACUAAUGCCUCAAAGCGCUCGACGACUGUCGUAAGUCUGAGAUUAAGAGAAGCAGUCCCUGGCGGUUUCAACA